CGAUUUUCCUGGUUGACGUGAAAAAAAAAAACGUAAUCGUGUAAUUGAUAAUUACACGAGGAUGAAAACGAAAAUCUGUCUAGGCGGUGUUAUGGUGAACGUAUCUGAAUCUGAAUAUUUUCAUUCAAUCUCAGAUACCGACACUCGUGUUUCCUCACGAAUUUAGGCCCGACAUGUGGCUCCGCGCUUCGGCGAGUCCAGCCGAAUAUUGAUCAUCCGUCCAAUGAGGCGGGAAAUGGGGGUGAAAAAAAACGUUGAUGCGUUAAAAAAUUAAAGUGUCGGAGGGAAAAAAAACCUAGUUGUAUUGUUGUGUUUCCGGAAUCAAUCGCCCUGCUCUGCGUGAAUUCAGAGCGAGAGAAACCGAGAUGACGGCUGCGAUAUCGAAUAGUACAAAAGAUAAGAGCUGCGUACGCGUUUUUCGCCGAGAUACGGAGGAGGAAUCGAAGUCGUACCGCGCUGUCACGGUAGAAUAGUACGAACAACAUACACUGACGUGUUACAUACGUAAAUUGACGAUACGUAACUCGGCCGAUCGCAAACGCUUCGAAGGUUAGAGACUAGGCGUUGGGCUCGCAACCUGAUUUUACCUCGACGCGGCGGAACGUCGACGGCACUUCACAGGGCCGAGAGCCGAGAGGCGGUCGUUCCUGCUCUUGGAUAACCUUCAUCAAUGGAAUUUGCUCCUGACCACGCUUACCCGCCGACAACACAAUCAUAGCUGUCAGUAACGUAAACUACCUUCGACGUUCAAAGAUGGGACAAACAUUGAGCGAACCUGUGACUGCCAAGGAGUCUGCCUGCUGCAGGGACGCCAACUACAGGGUCGGGAGCUCCUGCAUGCAAGGAUGGCGAGUCAACAUGGAGGACUGCCAUGUACAUAUUCUCUCCCUGCCCAGCGAUCCUGGAACUGCCUUUUUUGCAGUCUACGAUGGCCACGGAGGUGCUAAAGUUGCGCAAUAUGCAGCCAAGCAUCUGCACGAGUACAUAGCUAGACGAUCCGAAUAUCAGACUGGUAAUGUGGUAGAGGCAAUGCAGCAGGGAUUCUUACAAUUGGAUAGAACAAUGCAGUACGACACGCUACUCAAGGAUGAACAGGCAGGGACCACUGUAAUUGCUCUCCUCAUCAAGGACAACAUUCUCUAUAGUGCAAAUGCAGGUGACAGUCGGGCGGUUGCGAGCGUUGGUGGAAAAGCUGUGCCACUCAGCAAGGACCACAAGCCUUCCCUACGGGCGGAACGUGAGAGAAUUGAAGCUGCAGGUGGAUGGGUUGAGCUGAACAGGGUGAAUGGAAAUCUGGCCUUGUCACGGGCUCUUGGCGACUUUGUAUUCAAGCGAAACGACCGCAAAAGUCCACAGGAGCAGAUUGUCACUGCUUACCCGGAGGUACAGCGGCAUCAAGUGACGACAGAUUGGGAAUUUGUAAUCGUAGCCUGUGACGGCAUCUGGGAUGUAAUGAGUAACGAGGAAGUAGUAGCUUUUGUAAGAAACCGGCUAGCUCAAGGGUCGCAAAACGGGUCUGACGAGGAGGGAAGUAUGGUGGAUCCUGAAGAAGUUUGCGAAGAAUUGAUGAGCCACUGCUUGGCACCAGACGCUCAGAUGGGCACAGGCUGCGAUAAUAUGACGGUAGUGCUGGUGUGUUUUUUACACGGAAAACCAUACUCGCAUUUAGUUGCACGGUGUAAACAGCCUGCAAACCUAACUGCGUAGCUAGUCUUCAUUUUAUUUAUUUUACUAUUAUUUUGUUUGAAAUUUAUUUGUUAAUCAUUGAAAAAAAUGUUCGUACUUUAUAUCAAUCAUAUUAAUAUUACUACUUAUUAAUAAUUAUUGGUAACGCUACUUUUUUGGCGAUUCAAUUGUACAACAACUCGAUAAGUCCUAUAAAUAUUUUUAUACGUAAAAAAAGAAAAUGCAAUUUACGUACUCGCUUCUUACUAUAUUUAAUGCAGUCUACUUACCUCCAAAGAAUUACAAACACGUUAGAGACGAUGCUGACGAUUAGUAGAUUUUCUUUUUAUUUACAUUUCCGUACAACAGGGUCGGAGAAAAGUCACAAUGGUGUUUUUUUUUUUUUUUUUGUUCAAAUAACAUUCAGCUUUCUCCGAUACGCCUAAUGAAAAUAUGUAAUAAUAAUUUUAGUAUUUUAUUUUAUUGGGAAUUACGAGAGCGGCAAUCCAUUAAUAUCCGUAUCUGUCCUGGAUGGAGGAGACUGCGGCAUUGGCCAAUGAGCUUAGCCUGCCUGCAACUUUGUUAACUCCUUGACGGACGCUUUCUCUGACUUCUUCUAAAUCGACAGUACCACCUGCGGCCCGGCCGGACCUUCCGGCACCAGAUGACACUGGCCCGGAUGAAAUAGUCUGGCCGUUACCGUGACUGGGUCCGUCUCCGAAAUAAUCAGCUGACGAAAUGCUUGACGAUCCCUCGAAACGGCGGAGAUUGCUUUUGCGCUCCCACUGUAAAAUGAAACAAGAUCGUUCAGAAAUGUAAGAAUCAUCACACAAAAGCCGGACAUUUCCCACAACAAGCAAUACUAACUGCAUCUCCAUCAGAAGAGCUGUUUCUGAAAUAUUGAUCUGAACUAAUGGCUUUGGCGCUGCCAAACUUUUUCUGUGCUUCGCCCCCGCGAUUAGCGGGUUCACGAUCAGAACUGUGAGAAGGAGGCUUGUUAAUUGUUUGUUGGGUCGGCCGUCGAGGGAUAUCGGCUUCGGCAACAACAAUGAUAUCGUCGGUGUGUGACGAGCUACUGGGAAGCUUUCCAUACGAUGAGGGCGAGUAUGAGAGAUCUUCAAGAUCGAAGAAAAGAUCGUGAUCCUGAUCUCUGGAUCUCGGUUCGCUGGUCAAACUCAUCCUCGAGGCAACUGGCGCACCCUCCUGAGUUAUUACACGCAUAUCACCAAAUGCUGAAUGACUCGCACCCCUGUGAUAAGGAAAAGCAAUUACUCACAUAUGAAUAAAUAGAGAGUGAUAAUACUUGUUUAAAUAUAAUCACGUUAAUUACCGGCGCGCAUUAAAUCCCAUGCCGAGACGUUCAGCUUCUCCAGCUUUGGAUGGGUCCAUCUUCUUCGUUCGUUCCUCAACUUUUUUUGCUUGCAGUGACAGAUCGUGUUCAUAUUGAUAUGCCAGACGCGUAUCAAUUGCGUCUUGCUCCUCCUUAUCCUUUUCGCGUGUUUCUUUCUCUCGAGACUCGCGAUUAGCCUCGGCGACACUUCGUUCCAACUCAUCAAAGUUCGUUUUCACUCUUUGUGCUCCCAAUCCUCCGCUUUUCUUUGCUCCGAGCUGUGAAUCAAUAUCGUAAAAGAUUAUUUGGUUCCGAAUAUAGUUGACAUUCUUAUUUUCUUGCUAUAAUUUACCUACCCCACUUCGUUUCGGUUGAAUUUUUCUAACGCCGAUCGUAGGCUUUCUAUCAGAUGGUUGAGCAGCGUUUGAAUCAUGAUUCAAAAGUGCGCCGGAUACAUUAGGCCCUAUACCACUGAGAUUGGCAGGGUUCGUAGCUGUUAUGGAAGACACUGUGUUGUCAUUAUUAUCCUCACUUACACUGGCGACUAGUGUCGAUUUGGUAACAGGAUCUGAACGUAAAUUUGAUUCAGUAGAAAAGAAGUCAUCAGAUGUCGCUGACUCUU